UGUUAUCAUCUGUGACUAUUGUAGGGUUCUUCAGUGCAGUUUACUAUGGUCAGCGUUUUAUAAGUCGCUUGAAAACAAAAGUAAACAAAAGAAUCAAAAAGUUGCGAAUAGUUAAACAUGUCUGUGUAGACCUUAAAUGUUAUGUCUUCAGUUUUACUUGAAAUCAUAUCGUUAUAAUUAUAUGUUUUUUAAAGGUGAGAGAUUGCCAAGGGUACCAAUGAAGUAAAAGACUGACAGUUGUCUUUAGACUGUUCAUUUUCCUCAUAUACAAUGGCAUUGCGUGACUUAGUAGAAGGUGACUGUGGUGGGACAAACUCAUUAGUGAGACUCACAUCACAUUUUGUUCAAGACAGAGGAUUGAAGGAAGAAGGACUUCGUCAUCCUUUUCAGAAUGGUGGUGGCUUUUCAAACACCGACUCAGAUCAGCUGGUUCAUCAGUUCUUGGAAGAGACUUUGGGCCCUCCUCCACAAACCUUUCGCAUGGACUCAUUACUUCAGGAGAUGCGUGAGAUUGAGUCAGCAGUCGCUCUUCAUGCACCUGUCCCUGCACCUGGUGUAGCAGCUCUGGCACGUGAUGGCCUUGCACCUGAGGAUUCUAUAUGGGCUGAACAGUAUCUUGAAUCUGGAAAGCAUUUUGAUGAAGAGCCACAUGAGGAGGAAAUAUGGAAUGCGUCAGCAAUUGCAAGUGGAGAAGAAGGUUUGUCUGAAGUAGAAGAAGUAUUUGAAUUAGGAUUUGGUCCAAAAUGGGCUCAGGAAUACUUGGAGGCCAGUGAACACAAGUUAGAGAGUAGUACUGAAUGGGCAUCAGGCUCAGAAAAAGAAGCUGAUGGUACUAACAAAGAAUUGCAAAACACAGCAAAUGAAUUACUGAAAUCUGUUGAUGACCCGAAGUUCACUUAUUCGAAGUUCAUGAAGUUCAUGCAUCAAGUUGGUGAAGGUGAGGUUACAAUUGAGGGUGGUCAAGUUAUUGGUGACAAGGAAGGAGAACUAGAUGAACAGGAUUCAAUCAAUGAAGCUAAUAUCUGGGCUUCAGAAUUUGCUACAUUGCAAAAAUCUAACCUUGAAAAAAGAGAUGCAGCAGCAUCUUGGACUGAACAGUUUCAAGGAAACUAUCACUCAGAGUUAUCUAGUACUGCUACUGAAACUUCAGCCUCUGAACAGGAUGAUGAUAGCUCUACUAGUUCUCAAUUCUGGGCAAAGUUACAGGAUGAAUGGCAGAAGCUGGCUAAAGGUGGAGAGUUAGGGGACCAUCCUUGGAUCUCUGAAUUCUCAGAAUAUUAUGAUCCAUUUAAGGAAUAUCAUUUUCAAGCAGACAAUCCUAUGAAAGCUAUUGAUAGCGCCUUGGAAGAAGGUAAACAGAAACUGGAAGCUGGGGAUUUACCAAGUGCUGCUCUAUGCUUUGAAGCUGCAGUUCAACAAAAUGAAACCAACAGUGAAGCCUGGCAACUUCUGGGUACAACACAAGCUGAAAAUGAACAGGAUCCAGCAGCUAUUGCAGCUCUGAAGAAAUGUCUAGAACUAGAGCCAAGUAACCUAAUAGCACUUAUGGCUCUUUCUGUUAGCUAUACCAACGAGGGGUACCAGAAUCAAGCCUGCCAUGCUUUAAGGGAAUGGCUACAUCAGAAUCCAAAAUACUCAGAUUUGGUGCCAAAAAGUGAGGAUAUAACAAGUUCUUCAAAAAUGGGAAAUGUGUCAUCAUUGCUAACAAGUGGCAUCCACAAAAAGGUCCAGGAAAUGUACAUUGCAGCUGCUCGGAGAAAUCCAUCAGCAACAAUUGAUUCUGAUGUUCAGUGUGGACUGGGCGUACUAUUUAACCUCAGUAAUGAAUAUGACAAAGCUGUAGAUUGCUUCAAAGCUGCACUACAAGUCCGGCAGACAGACUCUCGAAUGUGGAACCGUCUAGGAGCAACAUUAGCAAAUGGCAAUCGAUCAGAAGAGGCAGUGGAUGCUUACCAUAAUGCAUUGCAGCUUUCACCUGGAUUUAUACGGGCUAGGUAUAACCUUGGAAUUACUUGUGUGAAUCUGGCAGCUUACAGAGAAGCAGCUGAACAUUUGCUGACUGCAUUAAACCAGCAGGCUGCAGGGAGAGGUGUUCAGGGGCAGAGGUCAUGGUCUGCUAUGUCAGACUCUGUCUGGUCCACUCUAAGGCUUGUUAUGUCAUUGUUAGAUAGACAAGAUUUAUAUGAUGCUCUGGAUAAUAGGGAUUUAAAAAAAUUGAAUGAAGAAUUUGGAAUGGAUUAGGAACUUACAAUGAAAGAAGAGAUGGCAUUGAUUCAGCUGUAAUGUUGAAGAGUGGUAUGUGCAUUUCAGGGGUAUUUUGUCUCUUAGCACACUAGAAGCUUAGAACAAGACAUGAUCAAAUCCAAAAGUGUGUGUUAUAUUAACAUAUUCUUAUAAAUAAUAACAUACUUUUAAGAUUCAGAUUUCUCUUUUUACACUGAACUGAAAGCCUUGUUUUUACUCACAGUUAAGGAGUUUUGUUGUCAGUUUUUGUAGUUCAGUAGGAAAACCUGUAAUUAACUGGUUUAUAGAUUAUAAGAGUUUCAUAUUUGUAAUCCCUUCUUUUUCUGUCUGUCUUGCAUUUGCAAUCAUGUAAAAUAUGUUGUAAUGAAUUGGUUUACAUUCACAAAUUGGAAUUGGCCAUUCUUGUUCAAAGCCACCAUUGGGAUGUGUAGUUAAAUCAUUAGUAUUGUGAAUUAUGUAAUUAAUGUUCUGGGGUAUGUGUUCCUAACAGGUGCUAAACUUGGUUAUAUUAAUUCAUAUUUACAAAUCUUAUAUAUUAAUAUGAAAGUAUAUUCUCCAAAAAGUACACAGUUAAUUUAUUUUGAAGUCUUAUGAUCAUGUUAAAUUGAAAUUACACUUUUUUAUCUCAGUUAUAAUUUACACAUAACCCACUGAUUGAACGUAAUCAGUGCUUAUGUGAAGUGGAAUAAAACUGGGUCAGUUUGUGAAAUUUAUAAACUGAACAAAAUGUGGUAGGAUCAUUUGUUAUGUCUUUGAAGUUAAAAAAUCACAGAAAGGUUAUUUAAUUUGCAUUCACUUUGGUAUUCUACUGCCAUUGCCAAACUGAAGUAGAUCAGUGUCUUUUGAGAAUUGAUAAGAUUAAAAAGAAUCUUAAGUUAGGGAGGAAGUGAAUGGGAUUAGAUUGGCUAAAGGUAGGUCUUUUGUGGUGACUGCCUUCACAUUCCUUAACAGAGAUUUUUUUAUACAGCUGACAAUCUUCUGGGAUGUUGUACUAUGGUUAAUCUGGUAAACAUUGACUGACAUUUGAGAGGAACUUCCUGAUUGCCAUGAUAAUGGAGGCAGUAAGCUCCUCCGAAUUAUCAGUCAAUAUCUACUAGAGUCUAGUAGUAAUUAGACUAUAUGGUACAACAUCCCAGAAGAUGACUAUCUUCAAAUACUGAUUUCUCCAGGUGAUCCUAUAUGAGGAAAUAUUGUCACUGCCAUUAUGGCAAGGGCAUUGGAUUGAUGAAUUAGACUAUUUGGGAAGUGGGAGUAAAAUUUUAUCUGACAGUGAUGCAGUUUGUUUCAUUACUUCUUGUCCUUUAUAGUGUGAUAAAAAGGAGGGUAGAAUUGGUGUAGUUUUCAUAUAGUGGAACCUCCAUAUAAUGUUUCCCCUCAUUUAGUGUUCAGUUUGUAUGGUCCCCAGUUAGUUAUCUCUGUGUUAAAAUCCCUCCAUUUUAAGGUUAUCUCAGUUGAACAUACUAAUCCAUUGCCCCACAGAGAAACAUUAAAUGGGAAUUUAAUUAUACUGGGUUAGUUUUUGGUCCACUGAAAGGGAAUUGAAAGGUUUCAGGCCCUCAAGAAACAAAGCUGCUAUGCUUUGCUGCUUCAAGCACUAUGUCUAGUUCCCACUUUAUUAUUAUUAUAUCAUGCUCCCAUGAAGUUGUUUGCAUAACUGUCUCAGAAAUACAGGAAUAUUUAUAAGUGAUGGAAAAUGGCUACUAACAUAUUAUGAUUGCAUAUGUGUGUGUGUGUGUGUGGUAUUAAACUUAUUAUACUGGUAUAUAACCAAGACAUCACUGUGCCUGAGUUAAUCUGUAUUUGGUAUCUGUUAAAAGUAGAGCUUGAAAUAUAUCUAGUUAGGAGGGGGAUGACUUGGAUGAAUAUUUUUUCUAAACUAUUGCUUCACAAAACACAAGGAAUAAACAAUUCAUUCUUUUGCACGAAACAUUUUGAAACAUGAAGAAAGGGACAGGAGUAAUAAUCUCCAUCACCCCUCCUCCCCAACAAGUAAAUGGUCCAUUAAAGUGUUGAAGGCUAAUAUCACAAAAUAAAAAAUUAAACUGUAUGUACUUACCAAAAUUGUGCCUUUUUGAAAAUUAACCCAAUAACAUUUAUAUAUGCAAAUAUUAGUGUAUGUAAAGGCAGUUAACUAAUUCACUGCCAGUGAUGGGAGCAACUGCUUAAAUAAAAUUACAAAUGACACUUUGUAACAUUGUGGAUUGGCCACCAAAAUAUUUGAUCUUGUCUCCAUGUGAUUAACUUUACAUAAAAUCGUGGUGAAAGUUAGUAAAAAGCCAACUUCAGAUAUAUAUGAGUACACUGAAUUGAAAUCCCCCCCACUCAGACAGGCCUGUGAUACUUUGUUCAGACAUAACUGCUUGACAUACAGACUUGAGGUGGCAUUUCAGUGAGUGUUAAAUUCUUACAUAGGGUUCCUCUUCAAUUCAGUAACACACAUUCGUAACUUGUGGGAUCAAUUGAUUAUCUCAGCAGACAGUCUAAAUCCGUAGUUACAUUAUGUAGUGAGUACUAUAGAAAUGCUGGAAUAUUUAACAAAAGUUGACAGUUAUUUUAUACACAUAUUGAUUGGAACAUAGGAAACUGUUUGGAAUAAUUUCUUUGCUUAUCUUACACUUUAUUCAAGAUGAGUGAACAUAAACCUGUCACAAGUAGUGACAAAAUCCUGUCCUGCUGGCUACCGGUUGGGAGUUAUACCAGAGUCCAUUAGAAUGGUAAUCAGUUGUAAGUUCUGAAAAGUUGCAUGCAACAGCAUGGUUGAAAAUCCUCGACGCUGUUUUUGAACUUCUGUGUAGAAACAUUUUCUUAUGUGGGUGAAAAGUAAUCAUUUCCAACGUGUAUAAGAUUUUGGUGCGUGACAAAUGUCACACAUCACAAAUGACAACUCUGACAUUAUAGAAUUUGAGGUUCUCACAAUGGUACAACCCACAUGACAGCUAUCUUCAUCUGGCAUAGUGAAUGACAGCCCUAACAUCCAAAUGUCAGACAUGGUGAAUGACAACUUUGACAUCUACUUGUCAGACAUAGUGAAUGAAAGCCCAGACAUAUAAAUAUCAGACAUGGUGAGUGAUAACCCAAACAUUCAGAUAUCAGAUUUAGUGAAAAAAUAGAUAUAUUCAUGAGGAUUAUCACUGAGAAGUGUAUAUAAUUUAUAUAAGGAAUACAAAUCCACAAAUAAAUGUAAAAUUUCCCUACUAAAAUUGAUCAAAGGAAAGAAGGUAAUUACACUGAUAAGUUAAAACCAGCAGUUGGGUAAUUAUUAGCAUUAUUAUUAAUUUGGACAUCUGUCCACUUGUCCACUAUGUUUUCCACCUGUUACACUCCUUUACUCAGCCAUAUUUUAUCCUCUCUAUAGUCAGUGUGAUAGUCCUUUCAGUUACCCUAAUUAUGCUUGGGCUAAUCAGUUAUUAACAAGCUAAACAAUAAGUCAAAGACAUUUCAUAAAAUUGCAGUAUUAAAUUCUAACAGUCUUAAAAUGAAUACAGUAAAUCCCUGUCCAAUUCAAAUUUGCUUGUGCACACAAAAAUAAGUAUGAACAAUUAUUCGCUGAAUGUGGAAAAUUUGAAUAUAUGUAGUCUGUUAAACAUGCUGUAGUACUGUAUAUGCACUCGAGUUUUCAUCAUCAAUCGUAGGUAGAUCAUUUAGAUUAACAUAUAAUAUUUAAUAUAUUUUUAUUUGACAUGGGUCAUAAUGGUUAUGAUUUUAGUAUGUUACAUUAUUUGUUUUUAUUUCAUACACAGGACAGAUAGGGCCAUUCAUUUGUGUCUGUGUAAAAAAUCUGUGUCUGGGUAUUAAUGGGAGAUUUUAUGUGGCCAUGUUCGUGUAUCCCCAUUUAACACAAAAUAAUCAUGGAAAGGUAGACAGUGAUUAUAUGUAGUAAGAGUUUUCAAGUCUGCACAUAUAACUGUACCAGAAAAUAUUUACCAUUUAAAAACAUAAACUUUGCCUCUUGUGACUUCAAACUUAGAGUCAGUUAAAAUUUAUAUUUGCUAAGUAACAGUCCAAAUCUUGUUCCAAGUAUGCUGGUACUCCACACACAUAUACAUACAUACAGAAAUUCUACAUAGCACCAUCACCACAAUUAUUUUAAUUUUACCUACAUGGGUGUGAAAUGUGAAAAGUUCACUGACCUGUUUAUUUUGUUAAGUAAUUUAACAGUGCUGUAUCAACUGUACACCAUAUAAUGCUGAAUAAAUAUGAGGUUGAGAUUU